AUGGAGGGCACCGCAUCUUUGGCUCAUGACUUGGAGAAGCAUGGCUUCCCGCAUAGGGACAACGACGUCGGAGAAGUAGCGGCAGGGAGGGAGGUCACGAAGCGCGGCGAAACCGCCGUGAUGCGUUUGCUGGCUCAGGAACGGCGGCUUAUAACGUACCAGAUGCUGCCAUCGCAACCGCCAUCACAACCGCCAUCACAACCGCUAUCACAACCGCCAUCAGAACCCCUCUCUCCGCCUCGCUGGCCGCCUGGCCCCCUGGCGCCCCCUCCCUCUCCGUCGCUGCCCUCAAUCAUUAAUCACAACAACUUCAUCGUCAACUAUUCCGCACCAAUGUGCCUGGCCAGCUCCAAAUUUGGCGCCGACGAGGUGCACGACUCACUGCUCGAAACGGACCGAUUAAAAAUCCUGGCUAUUAAGCUGCACAGAUUCGUACCGCUCGACGGGCCUGGCGGCUCAAUACUGGUCGCCCUCGAGGUCUACGUUUCCGAAGAAUAUCUUGGGGAAUACUGGUUGACUAUCGCCGGCAGCCUCUUCAUUCCUGAUGCAGGCCCAUCGCUCAUCACCUCCGAAACCAUAACCAUACAUGGAAAACCGCUAACCGCCGUAACUACCUGCUGCAACGCCGGUGGCACUGCCAGCGGCUUGGCCCUGCACUACGCCAACGGCACGGUGGAAAGAACGUACGGAUGCCGUUUCUACGAAUACGGCGGCGGCGGCAGCAGCAGCAGCAGCAACAGCAUCAUUGCGGGCGGCAAUAGCACCUACCCGGUGGUGGAGGUGCCGGCGGGAGCAUGGGUGGGAUCACUUCGCGCCACCGCGGCAGCAAUUAUUGGAUCCAUUUCGCUGGGAAUGGUGUCUCCCCCACGUGAGUACGAUAGUACGAGCGAUAUCAGGGGAGGGUGGCAGCCAAAACGCGAGGUGGUCGAUGGCGAGGAGAAGGCAGAUGAGAAAUAG